UUAGAAUUUAAAUUAGAAAACAUUAAAAAUUAAGUCCUUAAACAAAAAUAAAAUAACUAAUUCAAAAUGUAUUUAAAUGAAAAUAUAAGAAAAAUAGCAAAAAUCUUUAUAGUGAUUUUUCUAUGCAGUGAAAUGCAAUCAAGCGUCACCGAAAAUAACACCUACGAGCAACGUAUCUUACACUACACCACAAAUGGUAAUUCAACAGAGGCCACUUUCAGCAAUGCCCAACAUCAUGCCUCCAUACGUUUAAAAGAACAGGAUCAGCAUUAUGGUGAGGGACACAUAUGCUCAGGGGUGGUUAUAGCCCCCUCGGUGGUCCUAACCACAGCUCAAUGUGUUUACAAUUAUAACAAAAAUAAACCUUAUCAUCCAUCUGAACUAAAAGUGGUAUUGGCUUCUCUGGGCCGUUACCAACAUCAAGAGCAAACGCUUAUCUUUAGCGUAACUCACAGUUAUCAACCCAAAACAUUUAAUAACCUAAGUCUACGUGAUAAUGUGGCCAUAUUAAUGUUGGAACGUGAUAUACCCCAAAUAAAUGAGUAUGUGCAAGCGAUUACUCUACCUCAUACUAAUAAUUGGUAUGACAAACAAAAUGGUGGUGAAUUUAAGGUGACCACUUGGUUGAAAACAAAUGAGGGCUUAACCUUAAAUAAUUUAAUGCUGCUUAAUGCCUCCAAGGCCAGCGAUGAUAUAUGUUUGCAAUAUUAUGGCAAGACUAUCUACACCACGGGCAUGUUGUGCGUCAACACCAAUGAAUCUUUAAAUGAAGAUUUUGGUUCUCCCCUGUUUGUCGACAACAAACUAGUGGGUCUCAGAAGUUUUGCCUCGAGCCAACUAUCUCCCGCCAUUUACACUGACGUUUCGCAUCAUGCGAAAUGGAUACGUGAAGUUAUUGGGGAUGGCAGCAAUCAAAAUAGUUCCAUCUGGGGUACUAUGGGCUUUCUGCUGUUAACAUUUGUUGCCUUGAAACGUACAAAAUUUAUGAAGUUGUAAAUUGCAUUUAAAUAAUUAUUAUAAAUAAUAAUGUACAUUUAAUUUUAAGAUUAUCUCACAGUUAGUUAUUGUAAUGUUUUAAUAUAAUAUUAGUUAAUAAGUUUGUUUUUGAUAAGAGUACAAAAAGAAUGUUAAACUGUAUUUAUUGUUCUAUUAAAAUAAGUCUAAAUAUAUGUAUAUUUAUUAAAGAAAAUAA